ACACGUCACUUUUCUUUUUCCUCGCGGCUCCGGCUCCUGAAAGCACGAGUGUUCAUCCUUUUCUCUCUUAUCGGGAGACGCGGUGAAUAUAUCGAAUCCAGUGGCAAAACACGGAGUAAAAUGAAACCCAUCCUGCUUCAGGGCCACGAGAGGUCCAUCACCCAGAUCAAGUACAACAGAGAAGGAGACCUGCUCUUCUCUGUAGCUAAGGACCCUAUAGCCAACGUGUGGUACUCUGUCAAUGGUGAGAGGCUCGGCACCUACAAUGGACACACAGGAGCUGUGUGGUGUGUCGAUUGUGACUGGGACACAAAAAAUGUAUUGACAGGGUCGGCUGACAACAGCUGUCGACUGUGGGACUGCCAGACCGGUAAACAGCUGGCCCUGCUAAACACCAGCUCUGCUGUUAGGACCUGUGGUUUCGACUUCAGCGGCAACAUCAUCAUGUUCUCCACAGAUAAGCAGAUGGGUUACCAGUGCUUUCUGAACUUCUUUGACCUGAGGGAUCCACAGCAGAUAGAUGACAACCAGCCAUACCUGACGAUACCUUGCAGCGAACACAAGAUCACCAGUGCCGUGUGGGGACCUCUGGGAGAGUUUGUGAUUGCUGGCCACGAGAAUGGAGAGAUCAACCAGUUCAGUGCCAAGUCUGGAGAGGUUCUGAAGAAAGUCAAGGAGCACAGCAGGCAGAUCAAUGAUAUCCAGACAUCAGUGGACCUGACGAUGUUCAUCACUGCAUCAAAGGACAACAGUGCCAAGCUCUUUGACUCCGCCUCUCUGGAUCACAUCAAGACUUUCAAGACGGAGCGACCCGUCAACUCCGCCGCUAUCUCUCCAAUCAUGGAUCAUGUGGUGAUGGGAGGUGGACAGGAAGCCAUGGAAGUCACCACGACCUCAACCAGGAUCGGCAAGUUUGAGGCCAGGUUCUUCCACGCUGCUUAUGAAGAGGAGUUUGGCAGGGUCAAAGGGCAUUUUGGCCCCAUUAACUGUGUGGCGUUCCACCCUGACGGCAAAAGUUACAGCAGUGGAGGAGAAGACGGAUAUACAAGGAUUCAUUACUUUGACCCACAAUACUUUGACUUUGAGCUGGAGGCAUAAACUGGCAGGCUCGUCAACCCCUGCAGGUUCAACCAAUACCCAUCAUGAAGAAAGACAGAGAGAGUUAUGGACCAGAGUCACAGAUUACUUUAAAUUGAAGGAAAAAAGGUCACAAUAGGUUAAGUGAGGUGUUUUUUCAAAAAGUUUUGUACCUUGGAUCUGCAAAGAUGGCGUGACUGGACUUAAAGCCAUACUCCCUGAUUCUACUGUUAAAACAACAUUUGAGUUAACCUUGUUGUGAGCCAUUCCACCAUGAACCACCAUAAACUACUACUACUUAUCCAA